GAAUUGUCGGAUACAGCCGUUGUCCACCACAUUAAUGAUGGCUGCGCCUGGAAUACAACCACAUGGCUUAUUGAAGUUAAACCGGAAAGCCAACUUUUAAGGCCGACACACAAUCAAAAAGAUCAAGCAUAAAUACUAGGAAUUUUAUAGGUUAUGGACAUUUCGCUCACGUUUCUCCAACAUUCAUCAGUUAAACAUCGCCAGUGUACAGUGUAAAUAUCCCCUAGUGGGAUCUACAAACGAUCCAAUAAACCAUGUCCUCACUCACGAGCAAAUAAAUAUCAGAGCCAAGUGAUUGAACAGUUACAACAAUGUUGUCAAUACGUUUAAACCCUCUACAAACAUCCUUAAAAUGUUUGAGUAUUGUACGAAUCCUUCAGAACAAUCACUACCUCUUGCAAAAUGGAUCCCCAACCCCAACAGUGUCAGACUUUUAUUUAUUUCGACUCCAAACUCACAAACAAUUGCAUUGCACCCACAAACGUUUUUACACUGUGGAAAAAUUUGCGUCUAAGGAUCCGGAUGUGUUUGGUGAUAUUGCCGGUAAUAAGUUUGAGGAAUUUCCUCUAGAUCCCGAUGAACAAGAACAAGAAGAUUUUGAAAAAAAUGAAGCAACAGUUCCAAGAAGAUUAAAACUCUCUAAGGGUCAAUAUGCAGAUUUGAUAAAAGAACAUAUUGGAAAGGGAGAUUUACAAUCCGCAGUGAAGGUACUCGAUCUGGUGAAGGAAAAUCGUGAUAAACCAACUACAUAUAUGUACAAUCUCCUAUUAAGAGCCUACGCAGUUCAGGGAAAUUUAAUUAGUGCGUGGAAAACAUUUACGUCCAUGAAGAGGCGAGCACUGCCAUUGAAUGCUGCAACAUACGUGAGUGUUAUUAAUGCUUGUGCCAAUUCGCCUAAACGAGAGCUGGCUCUGGAUCGGUUGGCGAAUAUUAGAGAGGAAAUGAUGCUGAAGAAUGUAGUUUUAAAUGAGGUGCAUUACAAUGCCAUGGUAAAGGCUUAUGGGAGGCACGAGAGUCUGCUUGACGCUUUCCAAAUUGUUGAUCAGAUGAUUGAUAACAAAGUCACGAUUGGAGUGGACACAUUUAAAUCUUUGCUUUAUGCCUGCAUCUCUAACAAGGAACAUGGUUUACGUCAUGCUUUAGUUGUCUGGCACAUGAUGCACAGGUGGAGGAAACAACCUGAUCUGUUGACAUACAAUCUCAUGCUGAGAGCGAUCAGAGACACCAAAAUGGGAAACUUAAAAUCGAACGAUGUUCUGCUCUUGAAUUACCAAAAUUCGAGGAUUUUAGUCAGUGACUCGCUUAAGCCUGAUCUACUAGCACAUCCUCCUGUGGUCUCCAACAUUCACUUGCCGGAAAGGAGCGCUGAAUCACCUGAUAUGAUCUCCCAGGCUCCGAUAAAAACAUCAGCUGUAGUUGCGAAUAAUGGAAAGUGUGAGGAUUUCAAGCUGGAAGAGAUUCAUGAAAAAAAUAAAUUGAUUCUGUUCGGGGGAUUCAAUGGAUUUAUGCAAAGACUUGAAGCUGAUGGGAUUCAACCUGAUGUUAAAACUAUAACGUUGUUAUUAGAUCUUGUGCCUGAUUCGUUGGCCAUCGAACGUAAACUCCUCAGUGUGGCAAGAACUCACAAGAUUGCGUUGGAUAUUGACUUCUUCAACAUGUUGAUCAAGAAAAGGAGCUUCAGAAAGGAUUACAAAGCGGCUAAGGAAGUGCUAGACGACAUCCAAAGACACAAUCUCGUUCCUGAUAUGAUCACCUGGGGAGUCCUAGCGCUGGGCUGCAAAACGCUGGAUGACGCUCAAACCCUUCUCGAUGGUCUCGAGACUGCAGGUCACACUUUAAAUCCUGUGAUCGCUGGAUCCCUCCUAGGAAAUGCCUGUUCCAUGAAUAAUAUUCCCUAUAUCCUUGAAAUUCUCAAACUCCUGAUGCUUCUCCGCAUUCGUCCCUCCUCCCACAUCUACACUAUUCUCGAUAAAUACAAGCGUAAAGUAGAGGAUAAUUUGAAAUCUGAUCAAUCUACAAAAAUAUACCGAAAACCAGAAUUUCGAAAGAAGUUUGAAGUAUUUAAAACUCGUUAUGAAAAAUUCCAGCUGAAAUUCAAUCGAGAAGAUAAUCCUGAAUACAUUAGAGAUAGAAGAAGCCGACCCUCGAGAACUACGUCAACUGUACAUAAUUAUCAGAAGUAAAAUCCAAUAAAUAUAUAAAAAAAAAUUUAUUUCAAUA